AUGUCUUGUCUCUGUAAUGCUCUUUAAGUACACAGAGACCAACUGGAGAGAUGCUUUUGACAUAGACAUAUUUAGAGGUUAAGAGCCAUCUCUCACAGAAGGGAAGAAAGCAAGCACAGCACACAGGACAGUGUAUGACUCAUGAAUUAGUGUGAAACGAGGAUGGAGAGCACUUCAUCAACAGCAGGUUGUUACAGAAAGUGCAGUCAUGUAAAAAGCAGGAGAAACAAGAAGGAGGCACUCAGCAGUAAUGAGGAAAAGAGGGAGCUACUUUCUCUACAGCAGAUGGUCCAUCAACUGAUCAAGGAAAAGAAUACCCAAAAGAAAAAGGCACACAAAACAAUUCACAAACAGAGCCAGCUGAUUGGUUCUCUGGAAGCAGAGAGACGGGGCCUACAGGCAGAGCUUGAGGGGAUCAGAUGUGUGCUAGGAAGGGAAGAGCUUUUAAGCCAUUCCAUUAAUCAUCUGCGUCAUCACAGUAAGAUUGUGGAUGAAAACAUCAUUCAAGAAAAACAGACCAUUGAUGGAUUACAGAGAGAGAUACAGGAGAUGCACAGGAAGAUUGGGAAAGAACGGAAAGCCUCAGCUUUUGAAGCAGAUCCAACCAGGAAAAUACAACGCCUUACAGGUCAACUUGCGCAGGUUAACAAAAAGUUCAGCACCUUUGUAUCAACUAACACCCAGCUCCGGCAGGACAUUGAAACCUUGAGAGGAGAAAAAAUUAAGUUCCUUCAAAUGCGCAACAAGCUAGAGAAGGUACUGCAGGAGACCCAUCAAGAGAAAACGACAGUGUUGAAGCAAGCCAGGAAAAAUAUUGAAGUCAGAGAGGAUGCUAAGACACGGAUGCUCCAUGUGUUGGAGCAGACGUGCUCAGAGGGCAACAAUCAUGCAGUGGAUGUGCAGGAGCUCCAGAGAAGAGUGAGCCAUGUGGAGAAAACAGAGCGUUUUCUACAAGAGAAGAACAAAGUCAGACAACCUGACCUGUAUUACCAGGUUACUACCAAGAAAAGAGAAGCACAUGAGCAAGAACCGAAGGUAGACCAUGAGGUGAAGCUAAAUGAAUAUGAGGUUGCCAUGGAGAAGAUCAGCGACAUCAUUGAGAGGCGGGGCAAAGGGAGUCAAAGCGCAAGGCAGAGAAGAAGGCGGAGCUCAGACUGUCAAACCAGCAGAGUGGUGGAACCACCUCAGAGUGCAUUUUGGAAAUCAGCUAACAGGAGGCGCUGCACAUUAGGGAGUGUGAUGUUCCGCGAAGCAGCAGCUGGGAUUUUGGGGGAUCUGGAGGGGUCCAGUAGAGGCAGGAGGUUCAGAGAGCACAGGAGGCGCUCCACACUACUGCAGGGCCUCAGAGCUGAUGAACAGGAGAGACUGAGAGAGCUGGUGCAGCAAUCCCAGCAGCCCCCUGCAGGCCUUAACCCACAGCUCCUCUACGACUCCUACGUGGAGGGAGAGAAUCUGAACUUGGCUCUCUUCCAAUAUGCAUUGGAGCAGAACAGGCAGAUACAGGAGAUGACCAAAGAUGUGCAUGAGCUCAGGAUAAGUGUGAAGCAAGAAGAGGAGAGGGAGAGUGCAGAGGAGCGUCGUCUCCAAGACCGAGUGAGAGAGCUGAAGCUGAGCUGCCAGCAGGUUACCCAAGACACAGAAACACUGCUAACAAAUAUAGGAAUGAAAGAACGGGAAUUCAUCCAAGUCAGAGCAGGUAUAGAGAGUUUGGCUGUUCAGGCUGGAGUGGAUGCCUCUGCUUUUGAAUUGUGCAGACACUGGACUGAGGAUGGUGGAACUGCAUCUAUUCUUACUCUGCUGGCACAAAUAGAGCAGAGAGUUACCCAGUUACUGACUCUUCAUUCUUACACACAGUAUAGGGAUGACGAAAAGUAUUUCAAGCAUGCUGUAUUUGAGUUCAAUCCACGAAAGCUGUCAUAUACAGAUAUUCAACCUCCUGCACUCAGUUUCUUUCCUGAAAGUGAGGAAGAAUAUGAUGAGGAACUGAAGCUUCUGUCCAGGGAAGAGCUUAAGAAGAAUGUUCUGGAGACAGACAGGUUUUGCCCAGCAUAGAUAUUCUCUGAAGUCAAAACAUGAUUUGUAAGACUGAGGUGGUUGCAACACACAAUUGUAGUGUUUGUAGUGUACUACAUCAUGAACAGUAGAUUUAUUUAGACUUGUUAGACUGCUGACUAUAAUUAAGAUUUAUAGUUGACAGUAAGAAAUUCAGAUGACUGGGUGUGAUCUAAAGGUACAAUACAUCUCAGAGCUUGUCAGCCAUCAUGUUCACUAUUUAGCAAUAGAUAUAAUGUUGACUCAGUCCACCAGUUUUGAUUUUAUAGCAGUAUGACUGUAAGACCUAAUUUAAAACACCCCAAAAUUUCCUAUCAUUUAUCUAAAGCAGCAGUCAGACUUUAAUACAAUUUAUUAUUAAUUUUUUAUCAAUGUAUUGUUUAUCAAUUUAUUUUUUCAAUGGGAGAAGCCUGAGGACACAAAAAAGUAAUUUUCUUUUAGUAGGGGUUAACUUUUCCUCACACUAAGUUCAUCUAGUUAAACAAACCUAGAAAACAAGAACAUAGCCUUGUGUAUCUUUUUUUCCUCAAAAAUAAAUAAACUUCUAAUUAUUAAGGAAGGUGUUAUCAGACCUAUGCCUUUAUAUUUUGUCAUUAUUGUUUAUUGUAGGAAAUGAUAGGGGGAAGAAAAUGGAUAUCUCACUUCAAAAUGACAGUGCCCCAACAAGCCAAUAGUCUUCUGAUUUUUACACCAGAAGAAAAUAGCUCUGAGGAAAUCCAGUGUGACUUCUGCUUAAAUUGUUAGCAGACAGAUGCUCAGGGAUUCACAUGCUCAGGGAUUCUCCUAAUAAGGUGAACUUUAUUGCCCCUUGAUCAGAAUGACCUAGACAUAAUCUCUGGAAUAUACUUAUUAUUUGUAAAUGAGAUUGCUCAUGUUCAUGAAAAAACUGAGUGACGCAUAUAAAGUUUUAUGUUGGAAAAAUCAUUGCAGUGUUGUUUCAUGUGUAAAAUUUGGAUCUGUUUGAAAAAGAACUUUAAAAUGAUUUGCUUAACAAUAUGUGACCUCCAAAAUAUUUAUUUUAUGUCAUCAACAAGUUGGUCUAUUUUCUACAUAAUGGUUUCCUACAUUACAUUACAAUGUUGUUUGACUACCUGCAGACUGGCACCAGUGAGAAUUCAUCUCUAGCUAAAGAUAUUGACUCAGUAGCACUCUAGUCCUUUUGUCUGUCCAUCCUCUCUCACCUCCUCAUCUGUAUACUCUGCUCAGAUCAACUUCCAAAGCUUCAAGUUUCAUGCUAAUACCACCAUCAAUGCCAUUAUUCUCGUCAUCUGGUAGAUCGCUAACUAGAUGAGCCGAGUCUCUGUCAUAACUCGGAGUAACUAUAUUGUAUAACUACAUUGCAUUCUGGAACUCAAGGUCCAACGUUUAUGCCACUAUUUCUAAGUUGGAUUUCUCAUUAAUAUGAUAUUGAAUGUCUCU